AUGAGUUUCCCACCUAUCUCUAUGAAUUUGAAGAGUGAUUCAGAGGGAAAACAAUAUAAAUUAAUAUCACCAUCUCUACCUAAAUAUUCUACCUCAUCUUGUAUCUCAAAUUCAUCCUCUACUAAUCAGUAUUUUAAUGGUUUACCUAGUAUUGAUGUUCCUAAAUCUGAAAGUUCCAAUUCUGGAGUAUGUUCAAAUUUUACGGUUAUUGAGAGAAGAAAAUCUUCUCGUCUUGAUUCCUCUUUUAUGAGUAGAAAAAGGAGUAUGAAAGCUUGCCUAGCUGAAAUUGAAAGUUAUACUAAUAAUAAUAAAGGUGAUAAUGAGUUAAAGUAUCAGUUAAGAAAAUUAAGUCCUGCUGUCUAUAGAAUACCUAAAAAAAAUUUCAGUGAUAAAAAAAGUAUUGCAAGCAAUCGUAUUGACCUUCUUGGUGGUGCGUUUAUUAAAAAAAAAAAUUAA